AGCGGAAGCAGCUCUUGGGCGGUGGAGGGGAGCUCUGUUUCGAAGUGCUUUGGAAAGACAUUCAUUAGCCAGUUGAAAACUAGGCGAUUUGACUCCAAGUUGAGGAGAAACCUGCCCUUCCUGCUGGCAUAAUGUCUUCUGGAAGGGUCCGAGCAAAGAAGAAAACAGUGAUGUUGGAUCAGUCUCCUGACAACCUUCCUUUGAGGAGUUCAGGCAGGCAGGUCCGGAGGAAGGCUGCGGAUACAGUGGAGGAUGAUGAAGAUGCUUCAGAGAAAAAGUAUCGGAAGUGUGAAAAGGCAGGGUGUACGGCAACGUGUCCUGUUUGCUUUGCAAGUGCAGCUGAAAGGUGUGCUAAAAAUGGCUAUACAUCAAGAUGGUAUCAUCUCUCCUGUGGGGAACAUUUCUGCAACGAAUGUUUUGAUCAUUAUUACAGAAGUCAUAAAGAUGGCUAUGAAAAAUACACUGCCUGGAAACGGAUUUGGACCAGUAAUGGGAAAAGUGAGCCAAGUCCUAAAGCGUUUAUGGCUGAUCAACAGCUCCCUUAUUGGGUACAGUGUACAAAACCGGAGUGUGGAAAGUGGCGUCAACUGACAAAGGAAAUCCAGCUUACCUCACAAAUCGCUAGAACAUAUCGUUGUGGCAUGAAACUGAACAAUUCCAUCAAGGUGGAGGGCUCCGAUCAGUGCUCCAUGCCUGAGGACCUGAGAGUUGCUGAAGUUUCAGAUUCCUGGUGGUACUCCAUGCUCAUUCUUCCCCCAUUACUGAAGGACAGCGUGGCGGCGCCUUUGUUGUCUGCCUACUACCCAGACUGUGUGGGCAUGAGCCCCUCUUGCACCAGCACCCACCGGCUGCUUGGCGAAUCCAACGCUGUAAAAAUGGAGCACUUGAAGACCCCACCUACUAUAGCUGGAAUGAACAAGUACUUCUGGCCUUUCUAUCAGCCCAAUGAAUGUGGUAAAGCACUGUGCGUAAGGCCAGAUGUAAUGGAGCUAGAUGAACUCUAUGAGUUUCCGGAAUAUUCAAGAGACCCCACCAUGUACCUGGCUCUGAGAAACCUCAUUCUGGCCCUGUGGUACACAAACUGCAAAGAACCUCUCACCCCUCAGAAGUGUACUCAUUUCAUCAUUGUUCGAGGUCUUGUGCGAAUUCGCUGUGUACGGGAGACAGAGCGGAUACUUCAUUUCAUGACCAGGAAAGGUCUGAUUAAUACAGGGAUUUUGUCUGUUAAUCCUGACCAGCCUCUUCUUCCCAAAGACUAUCACAGUAAAUCUGUAAUUGUGGUUGGGGCCGGUCCAGCAGGAUUAGCAGCUGCAAGGCAACUUCACAAUUUUGGAAUCAAGGUGCUUGUCCUUGAAGCGAAGGAAAGAAUUGGAGGACGUGUGUGGGAUGACAAGACUUUCAAGGGAAUCACCAUCGGGAAAGGGGCACAGAUUGUUAAUGGCUGUGUCAACAAUCCAGUAGCGCUUAUGUGUGAGCAACUGGAGAUUAAGAUGAAUAAACUUGGAGAGAAGUGCGACUUGAUUCAGGAAGGUGGGAGGGUAACCGACCCUACUAUAGAUAAGCGGAUGGAUUUCCAUUUCAAUGCCAUCCUUGAUGUUGUGGCUGAUUGGAGAAAAGAUAAAAACCAGCAUCAAGAUGUUCCUCUUGGAGAUAAAAUCCAAGAGAUCUAUAAAGUUUUCAUUCAGGAAUCUGGUAUCCAGUUCAGUGAACUGGAGGAAAAAGUCCUGCAGUUUCACCUCAGUAACCUUGAAUAUGCCUGCGGCAGCAACCUCCAUAAGGUUUCUGCACGCUCCUGGGAUCACAAUGAAUUUUUUGCUCAGUUCGCCGGUGAUCACACUCUUUUAAACUCAGGGUACUCUCCCAUAAUGGAAAAAAUGGCUGAAGGAUUGGACAUUCGGUUAAAGGCCCCAGUCCGGAAUAUUGACUAUUCAGGAGAAGAGGUCCAAGUGACUGCAACAGAUGGAACUCAAUGGACUGCUCAAAAGGUUUUAGUAGCUAUACCUUUGGCUAUACUUCAGAAAGGCGCCAUUCAAUUUAACCCAGCUUUGCCAGAGAGAAAAAUGAAAGCCAUCAAUAGUUUAGGAGCGGGAGUCAUUGAGAAGAUCGCGCUGCAGUUUCCUUACAGAUUCUGGGACAGCAAAAUUCAAGGAGCUGAUUUUUUUGGCCAUAUUUCCCCUAGUUCCAACAAACGUGGUCUGUUCAGUGUUUUCUAUGACAUGGACCCACAGCGUAAAUGCUGUGUUCUGAUGUCUGUCAUCACUGGCGAUGCCGUUUCAAGUAUCAAGAACAUGGAAGAUAAGCAGGUUCUUCAGCAGUGCAUGAUUGUCCUCCGUGAACUGUUUAAGGAACAGGAAGUGCCAGACCCUGUCAAGUAUUUUGUGACACGGUGGAACAAAGAGCCUUGGAUCCAGAUGGCAUAUAGUUUUGUAAAGACAGGUGGCAGUGGUGAAGCUUAUGACAUCCUAGCAGAAGACAUACAAGGAACCAUCUUCUUUGCUGGCGAGGCCACUAAUAGGCACUUUCCGCAGACAGUUACAGGAGCAUAUUUGAGCGGCGUCCGAGAAGCAAGCAAGAUAGCAGCAUUCUGAAGGCUAAACUACUGUUUACAGACUUUUUUUUAAAAAAAACUUCCAUCUUUUGUUGUGCAUUACUUUUUUCCACCUGAAGAUGCAAUUAUGUCCAUGUGUCUCAGCAUGGGAUGCUAACUGAUAUAUGAACAAGGUCUGUGGACAUUUGAGUGCCCAGACCCGUAUAUUUUCCUUUGUGGUCCUUCUGAGGUUUAGUAAUGCAGAAUACUUGAUUAUGACAGUGUUUUCAAAAUGGCAGCGGGCAAACUGUUGAAUAGCAAAUGGUGGAACUGCAAGAAAGGUAUCGGCUGCCUCCAAUCAUGCUUUGAAUAAUGUAGAUAAUUCCUUUUAGAUCAGAUGACUGGAACUGCUUACAAACAUAGCAGUGGAGUUUGCUGGUAAUCAAAAGAGAUAUAUAGAACAGUCUCAUAGAAAUCUCAUUUUAUUGUCAUAGGAAAUGUCAAACACCUUAUUGUAUGUAUAUAAUAGGGUGGGGCUUGAGAUUUGCUGAUCCUUGAAACAGACCAGCUGAAACCAGUAAAUCAUUUGUGUGUAGGUAGAGUCAUUUAUAUGUAUGGUUGUUACGCCAUGGUGAGGGCUUGGCAUUAUAAGACUUUUGUGAGCUGUACUAGGUAAAACAAGAUGCUGUCAUCCUGCUGCAUUAAGCAUAUUUGAAUUCCACCAAGGUCCAUGACAGAAUUAAGCAGAGGUUUUCAUCUUUUCCGCUAAAAUCAGCAAAGGCUGGCACAUAAGUACUGAAGUAUAGAGAGCCCAGCAGUGUACUUUGUUUAUGGGAUCACAGCAGAGAGAGGAGUGUGUGGGGGGGAAACUCUGUUAAAUGAUGAUCUUUACAGUUAAACUGCUGUCAUUUUAUUAGUGUAACAGAAAAUAUUUAGUGAGGAAUGGAAAAUAUGAAAAGUGUUGUAUAUAAUUUCCCUGUAUUUCCUGCUCUUUAAAAAUUUAAAUAGGCAAAAUGGUGAUCAUGUAAACUAGUCUCUUUCGUAGGUAGGAGUCCUGCUGUUACCUGAAGUGCUAAUUUGUUAUAUCAGGAUUCAAAAACAGACAGAUUUGCACUCGGGGACAGUCUGAAGUGAACACUACAAGCCUCUUUGAAGCAAAGCUCUUGUGCACUUGAAAUUAGGCAUUACUUGUAAGGAUUUUGUGGUAAUUGGUACAAAGACAAAAUGGAAGUUCAUUCUGUAAAUAUGCAACCAUUUGCUCUAUAAAUAGUUGUAAAUAAUAGCCUUGUAAAAGUGCUUAAGCAACAGAAACACUAAUCCAUAAAAAACCUGUUGAAAUAAUGGAAACUACUUUUUUAAGCAGUUAUUUAAAUAUCAUUCAGGAAGUCAGAGGGUUCACAUAACGAUCCCAAAGAAUUUUUUAAAAACCUUGCGAAGUUUAUUUUCUGAGCAUGCUCAUUUUCUGUUGUGUACAUACAAAAAUGCCUUGUAAAUAAUCUGGGGUAACAUUAAAAAAGCAAUCUCUUCUGGCUGUGGUGCAUGAUGUCUGCAGUGUGCAGCUCAUAUGACUUAAUGGUGACACAAUAAAACUGGAAAGUGCUCGCUUGGUUGUGCUGACAUUAAUCCCUCUUGGAGUAAAUGGGGGGGGGGAUUCUACAAGCCUUUUCAGUAUGAAUAACUGAUAGAUAAUAAGGUGUGAUAGAAGUACAUUAAGCUGCUACACAGCAGGCUCUAGGAAGCAGUCUUGCUUUUGAAAGCCUGAAACAGGAAACCAGAUAAAUCUCUCUUCAGCUCUGCAUGCAUUCUCCAUGUCGCUGCUUUUCAGUUGCCGUAGAGAAAACUGUCAUUAUGCUCAGUAAGGUUAUGGCACUACUUUGGGAAAGGGAGGGGCAAGUG